UUUCAGAAAAUGAAGCCGAGGCACGUUGAUAUUGGUUGAAGACCUACACUUCUGCAUCUAAUUGAACAAAAGGAAUUCCUGUGAUGGGAGCAGUCAAGUUGAGCUGAGAACUUUCUUGACUCCAUCUCCAUAAAAUACAGAAGCCCUUCAAACGGAGAUGCUUUCAUGAAGUGUACCACCACCACCCCUAGAAAACGGAAUCCCUGUGAUUCGAGCAGUCAAGUUGACCUGAGAACUUCCCUUACUCCAUCUCCAUAAAAUACAGAAGCCCUUCAAAAGGAGAUGCUUGCAUUAAGUGUACCACCACAUCCCUAGAAAAAGGAAUGCAGACUGGUGAUGGACUAGAGAAUUGCAGAUGACCUGAAAGGAAGCCGCAAAAUAGUAGCAGUUGAACAUUAUGGUGACAAAUUUUGCAGGACAUAACUAUGGUUUUCAAGAUGUACUGACAACAGUUGGUGGAAUUUAUAUCAAUAAGGAACGCUUGCAUGGGUUUUACCAGCUUGGUGCAAAAUCUGUUGAGAAGUGGUGUACUUGGAUAGUGGUGCCUACAAAGAUUUUGUACAGAAGUCUUGAUUUAUAUUUACAAAAAAGAAAAAUACAUCAAGAUUUGCUAGUGGUCCUUAAAAUAUCCAGUCAUCAGGACUGGAUGAACAGCUCGUCGUUACCAGCUUUUCCUGUCAAGUUUACUCGAGGGCAGGAUUCUAGAAGGUCUGUAUGGUCCAGCAGAGAUGAAGACUUGCUAUAUUUCAGCUGGACAACCGAUGCUAAGUGGAGGAAAAAGGUUUAUAUUCUUCUACAUUUAUGGGGAAAAAAAGGUGGAAAAGAAAAAAUGCGGUUUUUUUCGCAGCUGUAGAACCUCUAGUAAUGAACUACAUUUGAACUGGAAUAAUUUAGUUGCACAAAGUGUAAGUUAUUUCAAUAUUUGUAAAUGUGAUAACAUGAAAGAUUAUCAGCAUAUCAAAUUAAGCAGACCAAUGAUGGAUACAUAAUUUAAUGAUGGGACGAACCUGUUUAGAUUUCAAACUAGGUGUUCUGGAACUAUGUUGUAUAUCGAGAAAUGGAGGCUCUACUGUAUGCUCCGAUAUCCUUCGAAGAAUACAGUAGACCAUGCACAUAUCUUGAUAAUCGAUUGGUGACCACUUCACCAGUUUUGGGGUUACAUUACAUGUUCUCCCGCGUGAUCCUGUACCGUGCGGCUGAGGGGUUAGAUUUUACAAAAUGCAAAAAUAAAACUGUAUUUAACUGUGUUAAUCUUUUUUUUUUUUGUACUUUUCAGUUCCUGUCUUGGUAUAAGCGGAUGGCCGUUUGCUGGAGACUUUUUUUUUUUUUUAAACCAAUAAAGAAAAAUAAAACCUA